UCUCGCGCAGCGAUACUCGGAUAGUUUCGGCGCUACGGGCGGGGCUCGCGGGCCAGCGGCGGAAUUACCGGCAGUCGGCGGAAACUUAGCCGAGCCGUCUUGUCGUCCGCGGGAAUGUACCGGACCGCGCGCGCGGAGAUUUGGGCAAUGCCGUAAACACGGGCAAUGACCGUUGGACCGGGUCCGUUUUGAGACGCGUUGGAGGCGCGUGCGCGCGUGCGUGCGUUCAUUUCUCACACUCCUGUUUUUUCUGUUUUUUUUCCUGGUGCGUGUGCGUGCAUGCGCGCGUGCGUGUACAUAUAUACGUAUAUGUAUGAAUGUGUUUGUAUGUGUGUGUUUGGCUCGUUGCGUACGAUGAAGUGAUGACAUUUCGUUAAAUAUCUGGGAUUUUUUUGGAAUUUUGAAGAACUAUCUACCACGUGAAGAGGGGUCGACUGGAGGAAGGCUGGCAGGCGUACGGUGGGGCGGGCAGCAUGGCUGAACCGAGGCGAGACAGCACCAGCAGCCUGCAGAGGAAGAAACCACCAUGGCUGAAACUCACCAUUCCUGCAGCUCAGGCGUCUCUAGAUGAACCGCCCACCUUCAUUCAGCCCAUGAAGAGACAGGGGUUUCUGCGCAGCGUCAGCAUGCCUGUCGAAACCUCACAUCUCGUCUCACCGCCACGUGACCUGUUUGACCCCCGGCGACCCCCACUGCAGCGCCAGGCGUCCAUCACCCAGACCAUCAAGAGCAGCAGGAGGGUCCACUUUGAGAGGAUUCACACAGUGCCCAUUAAGGGUCACCGUGCCGGGCGGCGUAGUUUCAGGAGGCACCACCAGUCCUUCUCCAGAACCCUGAUCAGGGGCACGGCGGACUGGUUCGGGGUCAGUAAGGAUGGCGACGCCACGCAGAAGUGGCAGCGGAAGAGCCUGCGGCACUGCAGCAUGCGCUACGGUAAACUGAAGCCCCAGGUGAUCCGGGAGAUGGAGCUGCCCAGCCAGGACAACAUCUCCCUGACCAGCACCGAGACUCCGCCCCCUCUGUACGUCCCCUCCUCCCAGCACGGGAUACCAAAGAUCGUGGACCCUCUGGCUCGUGGGCGGGCGUUCCGCAUGGUGGAGGAGGUGGACGGUUACAGUGUUCCUCAGACGCCCAUCACCCCCGGCGCCGCCUCCCUCUGCUCCUUCACCAGCUCCCGGUCCGGCCUCAACCGGAUACCUCGCCGCCGCAAGCGCGAGUCCGUCGCCAAGAUGAGCUUCAGAGCCGCGGCCGCUCUGGUGAAGGGGCGCUCCAUUAGAGAGAGUACCUUGCGUCGAGCGCACCGGCGCAGCUUCACCCCCGCCAGCUUCAUCGAGGAGGACGUGGUGGACUUCCCUGAUGAGCUGGACACGUCCUUCUUCGCCAGGGACGUCCUGAUGCAGGAGGAGAUGUCCACGUUUCAUGACGAGGUGUUCGAGUCUCCGUCUGAUUCCACCACCAGAGACGUGGACAGUAAACAGCUGGACGAGUCGGAGCUGACCGGCAGCGCGCUCGACAAGAGCGAACUGGAGAGGAGUCACCUGAUGCUGCCUCUGGAGAGAGGAUGGAGAAAAGCUAAAGAGGGAACGCCUGCACCACCCAAAGUGCGUCUGAAGCAGGAGGUGGUGAGUGUGAACGGUCAGCGGCGAGGACAGCGCAUCGCUGUUCCGGUGAAGAAGCUCUUCGCUCGGGAGAAACGGCCGUACGGACUCGGCAUGGUGGGAAAACUCACCAACCGCACAUAUCGCAAACGCAUCGACAGCUACGUCAAACGGCAGAUAGAGGACAUGGACGACCAUCGGCCGUUCUUCACCUACUGGAUCACCUUCGUUCACCUGCUCAUCACUAUCUUGGCAGUGUGUAUUUACGGGAUAGCGCCGGUGGGCUUCUCUCAGCACGAGACCGUUGAUUCUGUUCUAAGAAACAAAGGUGUUUAUGAAAACGUCAAGUUUGUGCAGCAGGAGAACUUCUGGAUUGGACCAAGUUCAGAGGCGCUGAUCCAUCUGGGAGCUAAGUUCUCUCCCUGCAUGCGGAGAGAUCAGGAGGUUCAUGAUCUGAUCCAGAAGAAACGAGAGACGGAGAGAAACUCGGCCUGCUGUGUUCGGAACGAUCGAUCCGGCUGUCUGCAGACGUCUGAGGAGGAGUGCUCGAGCACUCUGGCCGAGUGGGUGAAAUGGCCACAGCACUCCAGCACCCCCCAACUGGACGGCAAACCCCGACAGUACGGUUCCGUCUGCCACCAGGACCCCAGGACCUGCCUCGAACCCGCCUCUGUAGCGCCUCACGAGUGGCCUGAUGACAUCACCAAGUGGCCAAUCUGUACCAGAUAUGAUACAGGAAACCACACGAAUCUGCCUCAUAUCGACUGUACCAUCACCGGCCGGCCCUGCUGCAUCGGAACCAAAGGGAGGUGUGAGAUUACGUCGAGGGAGUACUGUGACUUUAUGAAAGGUUAUUUCCACGAAGAAGCAACACUGUGUUCCCAAGUGCACUGUAUGGAUGAUGUGUGUGGCCUCCUGCCCUUCCUCAACCCAGAAAUCCCCGACCAGUUCUACCGACUCUGGCUCUCUCUCUUCCUGCACGCCGGGAUUCUGCACUGCCUGGUGUCCGUGCUGUUUCAGAUGACUAUUCUGAGGGAUCUGGAGAAGUUGGCAGGCUGGCUGCGGAUCUCCAUCAUCUACAUCCUCAGCGGCAUCACAGGAAACCUGGCCAGCGCCAUCUUCUUACCCUACAGAGCCGAGGUGGGUCCUGCAGGUUCUCAGUUCGGGAUCCUGGCCUGUCUGUUCGUGGAGCUGUUUCAGAGCUGGCAGAUCCUGGCUCAGCCGUGGCGCGCCUUCACCAAGCUGCUGUGCGUGGUGCUGUUCCUCUUCUCCUUCGGCCUGCUGCCCUGGAUCGACAACUUCGCCCACAUCUGCGGCUUCAUCUCCGGCUUCUUCCUGUCCUUCGCCUUCCUGCCGUACAUCAGCUUCGGCCGCAUGGACAUGUACCGCAAGCGCUGCCAGAUCCUGGUCUUCCUGGCCGUGUUCCUGGGGCUGUUCGCCGGCCUGGUGGUGCUCUUCUACGUCUACCCAAUCAAGUGCGAGUGGUGCGAGCUGCUCACCUGCAUUCCCCUGACCGACAAGUUCUGCGAGAAGUACGACCUCAACGCCCACCUGCACUGAGGGAGCUGCGGGGGGGGGGGGGGGGGGGGGAGGGGGCGGGGCUAGAAGGGAUUGGGUUGCGUUGGAUUGGUUGGACCGGAUCGUUGGAUCUGGAACGUACUGUAUUUUUCGCACUAUAAGGCGCAACAGAUUAUAAGAUGCAUUUUAAGAGACGCUAUAAGGAACUUCUAAUUCAGCAGGUCUCUGCACCGAAAAAAAUUAAAAUCUUUGUCAGAAACUGUAAUCUAACAAAAUGAAACAGGUUGAAACUUGUAUUUUCCUGCUUUUUUUUGUCUAGUAUAAACGUACAUUCGUCUUGCUUUUUAAAGAAAAAUCCUAAGUUUAAUUGAAAGUGGAAUGUACGCAGAGAAAGGCAAUCAGGGUUAAGGUAAACCAACAAAUGCUAAGUUAGCUCAGCUAGCGUUAUUAUUCUAGCCCUCUACAGCAGUACAGCCUGUAUAUUUCACUUAGUUUAUAAAGAGGUAGUGAACUGAGUAAACUGAUAGCAUUCAUGGGGGGGGGGCUAAUGCUAAAGAAAAAAGGAAAUAUUGCAAUAUAAUAUAUAAUAUAAUAAUAUAAUAUAAUAUUAUAAACAGACAACGCAAACAAAAGUUUAAAAAGAAUGGGUGAUGAUAAAGCAGGAGCGGAAUAAGAGAGCGAAUAGCGGGACGUGAUUAAAUCAGUUUAAAUUGAGCCACACUGAUGGAAGGUAAAGAAAAAACAUGAUGGUAAACUAAGGCUAAAAUGUGUAUAAAAAUGGUCCAAAAUUAGCUUCCUAAAGUAGCACAUUUCCUAAAAUCUAUAAGUUAAGUAAAGCUAAGCUAAGUAAACAAAGUUGCAAUAAAAAAGACUCUCUUUUAAAGUUAAACAAGCUCUGGAUGUUAAUCCAGCAAGCAGCAGGUUUAAGUUUAUUAGCGCUUCUGUUUAUUAACAGUAAACUUAGAUUCCCAAAUUUCUUCAGCACUAAGGCUGGAGCACUAGCAUUAGUGAUAUUUGGGGCUAGGAGCAGGCUACAGCCUGAUAAUACUUUUCUCUGAAUGGGGAAAUAGCGCGUGCAGUUAGCGCAUAAUGCUUAUGCUGUUCCAGCAGUGCUAGCUGAGGUUAGCAGCAGGCUACAGGCUGAUAAUACUCUUCUCUGAACGUGGAAAUAGCGAGCGUGGUUAGCAGGUAAUGCUAAUGCUGCUCCUGCAGUGCUAGCUGAGGUUAGGAGCAGGCUACAGGUUGAUAUAAUCACCUUUAAAAAGUGUAAUAGCAAGCACAGUUAGUGGGUAAUGCUAAUGCUGCUCCAGCAGUGCUAGCCAGGGUUAGCAGCAGGCUACAAUCCCAUAACAUUCACCUCUGAACUGGGAAAUAGCGAAUGUGUUUUAGCAAGUAAUGCUAAUGCUGCUCCUGCAGUGCUAAUCGAGGUUAGGAACAAGUUACAGGCCGAUAGCAUUCACCUCGGUAAUGCUAAUGCUGCUCCAGCAGUGCUAGCCAGGGUUAGCAGCAGGCUACAAUCCCAUAACAUUCACCUCUGAACUGGGAAAUAGCGAAUGUGUUUUAGCAAGUAAUGCUAAUGCUGCUCCUGCAGUGCUAAUCGAGGUUAGGAACAAGUUACAGGCCGAUAGCAUUCACCUCUGAACGGGGAAAUAGCGAGCACGGUUAGCGGGUAAUGCUAAUGCUGCUCCAGCAGUGCUAGCCAGGGUCAGGAGCAGGCUACAUGUGCACUGACAAUUUUGGGGAAAAUUAAAGGAUUUUAAGUGUGCCUUAUAGUGGGAAAAAUACAGUACAGAUACAUGGAUAGGCAGAUGCGCUCGCUGGACGUUGCCCCGCCAAUUCUCUGAGGCGUUUAUUUUUUUAUUUUUGCGUGGACUUGGACGGUGGAUAAUGAUGUCGAUGAUGAUAAUGAUGAUGAUGCUUGUGUUGUUUUUAUUUUCUAUUUUUCCUCCCAGUGCAAGUUGGAAUGCCACUCCAUUGUGAUGACUCUGAGAAUGUUGUAUCGUAUUUUUUAAGCGUUUCCCAAUAGAGUAUUUUAUUUUGUCUGUCAACAAGCAGGGAGUCACAUGACACCCCGCCUCUCUAAGCCACGCCCCUUUACACACAUUAGCGAAUCUUUAGCGAGGAUGGUGUUGGAGAGUAAGCUAGUGAGCACUGGUACAAACACAGAGUAAACAAAGAGAAAUAAGAAAAUAUAUGCUUAAAAAAAUAUAUAUAUAUAUAUAUAUAUGUAUUAAAAAUUGUAUAUGUUUUUGUACUUCAUGUGGUUUUAGCACGUCACUAAAUCAGGCGAAGGUUUUACCGCUACUGUUCAGACGACCUCCAGACGAAUCCAGGGACAACAACGAAAACAAUAUAAAUAUAUAAACAAUCUGUACCUUCAGUGCCUUGGAAAAUGUACCUACUACUGCCAUAUUUUGGUUACGUCAAGCACUCGAAAAAUGUUAUUCUUUUAUUUGUGUACUGCUUCAAAUGAAGUAACGAUUCAAUGCGUAAGGGUAGUGUUUUAGCUACCCAUUUAUUCACUUGUUACAAAAUACAGCUUAAACAAUCUGCACCUCC